AUGUCCUUCUCUAAUUCAGAAUAAAAUGGAAUUGAAUUAAAAUUAUAAUUCUUUAGCGAACAUCCAAUGAUCUUUUUGCACAAAAAUAAUUCAGUGCCAUAAAUUGAAGAUUUUCAAGAUGAUCUAUUAGAAAAUAGAUAUAAAUAAGUAUUUAUGAAUUAUUACUUAGACAUCUAAAAAAAUAUGGGAAGAGCAAAAAUUCUAAACUAUACAUAUUCCUGAAGAUGAUGAAGUAACAAAUUAAGAGAUUUGUUAAUUAAUUUACUAACAAUUAUAAAAUCCUUCAUAGUAGCAAGAAUAAUAUUUUGUUGAAGUAUAUUUUUUUUCUUAAUAGAAAUUAGGCGAUAACUUUCUCAAUAUUUCUUUAAAUAAACAAAUAGAAAAUACAUUAUUUCUGCAAUUUCUUGAAAAUUUCCUUACCUAAGACUCAUCAAAUCAAUAAAAAAUAGUUUAACUAUAAAAAUAGGAGUAGUAGAUAAAUGAUUAAGAAAUGUAAUUGAAUGUAAAAAGCAGACCAACAGAUGAGGUAGAAUAAAAUUCAAUAACUUAAGUCUGA